GUGGCGGAGCUGAGCUGUCAGUCAAACCGAAAGUAAAAAAUCCUAUAUAAACCAACACACUGAAAACACACCAUUAGCAAUCUCAGCUUUGAACUCAGCGUUUAUCUUCAGCAACAGCGGUUCUGUCUUAUUGCAAACAUGGGCAACUAUUUCUCCCAGCUUUUCUCUCGUCUUUUUCCGACAAGGCAGAUUAAGAUGCUUAUGGUUGGUCUGGACGCAGCAGGGAAAACAACAGUCCUCUACAAACUCAAACUUGGUGAAGUUGUCUCAACCAUUCCAACUAUUGGUUUUAAUGUUGAAACAGUUGAAUAUAAAAACAUCUCCUUUACUGUUUGGGAUGUUGGCGGUCAGACCAAAAUCAGAGCUCUUUGGAAAUACUAUUAUCAGUACACUGAGGGUUUGAUCUUUGUGGUGGACAGCAGUGAUCAUGAUCGGAUUGAAAUGGCAGCGGAGGAGCUAAACGCGAUGCUGGCGGAAGACGCAAUGAGAGACACGGUUCUGUUAGUUCUUGCUAACAAGCAGGAUUUACCCAAAGCCAUGCCGGUCCACGAGCUGACAGAAAGACUGGGUUUACACGCACUGAAAGGAAGACAGUGGUUUGUUCAGCCCACAUGUGCGGUUCAAGGAUCAGGUUUAUAUGAAGGACUGGAUUGGCUUGCGAAUCAACUGUCCAAACGAUAAAACACUAAAAUGUAGCCUAUAUAUAAUGUCUCCAACUUAAUUUUUUAUAUUGAGAUAUUUAUGGGAUAUUAUUACAGUAUAUUUUUAUAUAAAAUAAUAAAUAAAAUACUAAUUCUUGGCCUAUUUUUGCUUCUAAUGUGCACGUCUGGCACUUUGAUACACUAGAUUGUAGCUGAAUUCAUACAUUAUGCACUAUUGCUGUACUAUGUGCAAUGAUUUUAUUAUUUUAUUUAUCUAGUACUGUAUUUAAUUUACUGUUGAUUUACUGCUGUAAAAAACAUGUCUUGUUUGACUUAUUUUAGUAUGUGUCUUGUUGCAUAUGUACUUUGAAAGAACAAACUGAUGUCUGCCUAAAAUAAAUCUAC